AGCCUGGCAACACUAAAGCAAAGCGUACAUAAAAAAUUUUCAUGCAGAAAAUUCUUUUCUUCAAGCUCAAAGUUAAAACAAAUUAAACGUUAACGGUGCAAAAUUGCCAAAUUGAAAAUGCUUAAUUAAAGAAGAAUUUAAAUUAAAAUAAAAGAGAAACAAAUGAUUAUAAUUUAUGUAAAUGUGUAAAUUGUCUAACAGACUCAAAAGCGUUCGAAAAUUAGCAUUAGAAAAACAAGAAAAAAAGGGAAAGGAAAGCAAAUGCAUUAAAUUGGAUUAAGAAACAAAUUGCAAAUUGCAAUUGUUUGCUAAAUUGCUUUCAUCAUAGUUUUCUAUUGUUAUUUUGUAAAUAGCAUUAGGAACACCUAAUAAUGGCAGCACCACAGCAGUAUUCAUUGCGUUGGAACAACUAUUUUCGGCAUCUGACUUAUGCUUUAGACAAUCAUCGGAACAAUGAUGAUUUUGUCGAUGUGAGUUUGUUGUGUGAUGGGCGUAAGAUUAAGGCACACAAGGUGGUGUUAUCGGCGUGCAGUUCAUAUUUUAAGGAGAUAUUUACAGAAAAUCCACACCCGCAUCCGGUGAUAAUAUUUAAAUUUAUUAAAUUUGAGGAUCUCAAUUCAAUCAUAGAAUUUAUGUAUCAGGGCGAAGUUAAUGUUCAGCAGGAAGCUUUGCAGUCUUUCUUACAAACAGCUGAACUGCUGGCAGUUCAAGGUUUGACGUCUGAGGAAAAAGAAAAACCUAAACCACCGGCACCCAUUAUUGAAGAUAAUAAAUUAAUAAAAACCAUACCGAGCACUAUUCGAGCUGUAAAUGAUAAUGCAACAGCUACACAGGCAGCCACACAAACUACUCUUGAAAUACCAACAGCCAAUUUACUGCAAGCUACCGCUCAACAAUUACAAGUCUCCCAGCAACUCCAUCAACAUCAGCAACAGCCGCAAUCUCAAUCCCAAUCCCAACAUCAACAUCAUGUACAAACACAAAUACAACAUAUACAAGUUCAACAGCAGCAUCAGCAACCGCAACAUAAUCCCACAACCGGCCAACAGGUUCAUCAUCAAGUAACCACAGUGCAACAGGGACAACAUCAGACUCUGCAAUUACAGCAAGUUACUCAUCAUUCCACCCAGCAACCUACGCAACAAGUGCAAGUCAAUACUCAACCUCAAUUAAGUACUGCGGGUAUUGUAACGCUCCCCGCUACUCAUCAAAAUACCCUCAAGAAACGUAAAAUCACCUUUUCGGAUGAUGAUGAUAAUAUAUAUACAGCCGAGACGGUGGAUUAUGGUGUUAAGGAUGAACAAACAAUUGUAAAAACCGCUGAUGUCACUUUAUUGCGUGGCACCAUUAAAAUGGAUAUCCCUGAGUAUAUAGUCAGCGAUCGUUUAUCGGACGGUGGUGGCUUAUCGGAUGGCGGCGGUACUCAGAAUGCUAAUCAAGACACAUCGAACAGUGGUCAAAAUGUUACACAAUACACAUCUGAAUAUGAAAUUUUAACAGAAUCCGAAAUAGAGGAAAAAUUUCAUCAAGCUGAAGCUGAUAACGCGGAAAUAACUAUAGAAAUGGGACGAUUGUUAAGUACCACGGCCACCACUACAGCAGCGACUCAAAAUGCUUUAGACGAUACCGCAACAAACACGGGAAACGUAGUGACAACCAUUAAAACUGAUAAUAAAGGCAGUUCCACCACAGAUUUACCCAAUAAUAAAUGGACAGAAUGUCAAUUUUGCAAAAUGGUUAUAACUACGGUUAAUCUUUGGAGACAUAUUCGUACGCAGCAUACACCACAACCGCCGCGUAAAUGUGAAUUAUGUAAUAAGAAUUUUAAAAACAAAUACAGUCUGCGUGAACAUAUACGCAUUUCGCAUGAACAAAAGGUCGCCGUUAAAACGGAAAACUGAUUGACCGUAUAUCGUAUAGUGAGCAGCUAGUCGUGUGGUAAUGAAGCCAUACUAAACAUGUAAUCAAAUAAUGUCCAAAUAAUAUUAAAAAUCGAUAGAUAAUGAUAGGUGAUGAUGAAUGAAAAAAAAAAGAAGAAGAAAAAUUACG